CAUCACCGCAAAUUCAUUGUGUGGAAGAGACAACACAUCAGGCUGUUGGACCUGACAGAAGAGCAGGCUCUAUAGGUGGAAACUCCCCACUGUCAUCAGCAGAGUGGCUGAGUGAGUCCAAGGCCAGUGGUGAGUGGAGCUUCUACCCCAGGCCCCCCAUCCAAAGGUCCACCCAGCAUGUCCAGCGACCCACCUCCUCCCUACCCCGGAGGUCCCAGCGCCCCUCUUAUCGAGGAGAAGAAUGGACAGCCAGCCGUUCCGGGCUCGGCGGCCCCUGUAACGACGGGUCCUCCUCAGGGGCCCUCCCUGCCUCCAGACUAUGGCCCUCCACCCUACGAGGCCACGCUACAGCCAGGCUUCUUGCCGCCACACGUCCCAGGAGAUGGGGCCAUGCCCAUACCACAUGGUGGCUUCUACCCUCCGCCAGGUCACUUUGGCCCGGGGCAGUUUGGCCCGGGGCAGUUUGGUCCGGGGCCCAUUCAAUUUGGGCCUGUGGCAGGUCAGACGGCUCACACGGUGCUGGCACCCCCUGGGACAGCUACCACAGUGACCGUGCUACAGGGGGAGAUAUUCCAGACAGCACCCGUACAGACUGUGUGUCACCACUGCCAGCAGCCCAUCAUCACCCGCAUCAACCACAGCGUGGGCCUCAUGAAUGCUGUCUUCUGCCUCUUCUGCUUCUUUGUUGGGUGUGAUCUGGGCUGCUGCUUGAUUCCCUGUCUGAUUGAUGAUCUCAAGGAUGUGAUACACACCUGCCCUUACUGCAAGGGCUACAUCUACACAUACAAGCGUAUCUGCUAACCACCAACAGACAGACACGUGUAUAUAUAUAUAUAUAUACACAGUGGGGCAAAAAAGUAUUUAGUCAGCCACCAAUUGUGCAA